GCAAUACAAACUGAAAUCUGACCACAACCGGGACAGACACGGCGCGCUGGCAGUGGGACCGCAAUAGGAACCGGCCUAUUGUAGGCUAUCAUAGCAACUUUAACAAAUCAUACUAACAAAAAUGUUAGAAGCUACUAGAAAAACGACAAUUGCAUUUGUUAAUACUGAGAUGAAGAUCACUAAAUAUAGAUAUUGAUCAAGUUAUUAGAGCGAAAGUCAAAAGUUUUCUUCCAAGGGAAGGAAGUUUGUUGUGACGAAGGAAAUAGAAUAGGAAAGUCGGGAGGGACUGCGGUAGGCGGAUAGUGCCUUGGUACCGGAUAGACAUCGACCAUGGAGGAAUUUGGGUCUGCGUUGGAAAAGAACGUCGCAGAUUUGACGGUUAUGGACGUUUACGAUAUAGCCGCAGUGGUGGGUCAGGAGUUUGAGCGGAUCAUUGACCAGUAUGGCUGCGAGGCUCUGUCGAGGCUCAUGCCGAAAGUGGUGCGGGUCCUGGAGAUACUGGAAGUGAUGGUCAGCCGCAACAACAUCAGCCCGGAGACUGAGGAACUGCGGCUGGAACUGGAUAAACUCCGCUUGGAGAGGAUGGAACGUCUGGAGAAAGAGAAAAAACACAAAAAGGAGCUGGAGCUGGUGGAGGAUGUGUGGAGGGGAGAGGCCCAGGAUCUCCUGUCCCAGAUCGCUCAGCUACAGGAGGACAACAAGGCCCUCCUCACCAACCGGUCAAUCAAAGACCCCCUGAGUGAGGAAGACCUCCAGAGGCAUGAGGGCAUGUCGGAGAGAGAGCGGCAGGUGAUGAAGAAGCUCAAGGAGGUGGUGGACAAGCAGAGGGACGAGAUCAGGGCCAAGGACCGAGAGCUCACGCUGAGGAACGAGGACGUGGAAGCUCUCCAGCAGCAGCAGUCCAGGCUGAUGAAGAUCAACCACGACCUCCGCCAUAAGAUCUCCGUGGUGGAGGCCCAGGGCAAGGCCCUCAUUGAGCAGAAGGUGGAGCUGGAGGCCGGCGCGCAGACGCAGGGACAGGAAGUGGGCGCGCUGAGACAGGAAGUGACACGUCUGCGGGAGCGCUUGAAGGGCGACGCGCCUACCCAGGACCCUGAGCAGUCCCCUCCGCAGCCCCCCUCGCCAGCACAGUCUGGUACGGAAGCUCUGCUGACAGGGGCCGAGAGCUUUGCCUGGCCAGAGAGACACUACCCCCCUGAGCUGCUGUUGGGGGGGUACGAUCCUGAGCCCUGCCCCCCGUCCCUCUCUCCCUACCCUGGGGGCCGUGAGGAGGAGGUGGAGGAGGUGGAGGAGGAGGCGGCUUUGUUAUGGGAGGCGAUGUAUGAUGAGGACAUGUCUGCCGUGUUCCAAUAUUUCACCAAGGAGGCUCUGUGCGAUGAAGACGCCGCAGGGUUGGACACCAAGGACCCCAACCGGCCCAGGUUCACCCUGCAGGAGCUGAGGGACGUUCUUCACGAGAGGAACGAGCUCAAGGCCAAAGUAUUCAUGCUACAGGAGGAGAUUGCUUACUAUAAAAGUGAGGAGAUGGAAGACGACACUGGAUCUCAGACUUCGUCACCCUCUCCUGAACUGAGGUCUCGGGCCCAUGCACAGCCAGAGUCAGGAAUCAAGCGCCUGUUUAGUUUUUUCUCCCGAGACAAGAGGCGGAACUCUCAGCGGAACGCACAGUUUGAUGACAGCUUCGGCUCCUGGGCGCGGAAAGAUGAUGUGUACACAGAAGAGGCCCAGGAGGCCUUGCAGCAGAUCUAGUCAUCCUGGGCAGCGCUUGAUGAGGUCACUCUAAACACCCUUCCUGUCACACCCCAGUCCAUCACUUAAAGCACUCUAAUCCCCAGCUUGUGCUUACCUGCUCCAUCCAGUACCCGGGCAGGGUGAGACGAGGAGAUCAUGUUUUUGGUGACGGGACUUUGGGGACCUGUGGUCUGGGACAGCUUGAAGGAGACUCAUUAAAAAUGCAUUUGAUCUUUAUUUAUCCCAAAGUGAAACCCAAGUGGACUGUUCAGAAUAGAGCGAUGGGGAACGCAGGCUCCAAAUGGCAGGAGGAUCGUAAGUGUGUGAUUGGCCAAGAGAUAGGUUAGCAAACGCGGUGAGGAGAGUUCAGGAAGUUCAGGAAGUGGAAUACAGGAAGCUUAUUUUCGGAGACAAAUCCUGUCAGAGAAGGUUUCAGUGACAGAAAAGACGUAGAUACAUUUUUCACUUUGACAUUUGUAUUGGUAAUAUUGAUAAUGAGGUAUGGACUUGAUGUAUUCCCUGGUCCCACAGACCUUGUGGUAAGAUAGUGACUCCAGGCAGCUUUGGGGCAUUGUUGCUCAGCCCCUUGUUCACCAGCAUUGGCAGGUUUUGUACUCUUUGUCGUUUUGGCACUGAUGUGAAGGCUUUUAAACAAAUUGAUAACACGAGUAACUGAAAUUUGCACAUUAAUUGGUUGUGUGAGAUGUUUUUAAAUUAAAAUCCUGACACUACCAAGGAAAUCCGUGCCAAGGUCCGUGCCAAGGUCUACUGGUAACAUGGCACUUUUUUCCAAACAUUUCCUCAUUGUCCUCAGUUAAACAUGUACAUCGGGCCCUGUUGGUAGAAAUCAGCGCAGCCAGUGUAUUUAAUUCACACAAAAAACGUCCUAAAAACAAUGGUUUUCACUUGGCAGACACAUUGUAAAAAAAAUUCUUAAUGAAGUAUUAUUCUGGCUUUGUUGUGCCUUUUCAUGGAUGACUAGCUCAUGUUAAAACACAAACAACAGUAUGAUUGCCAGGCAGUUAAGGGGUUGUAGUAAAGUGCAAGUUCAUUAAACCCUCCUGUCCACUCACCUCAUGUAACAUCCUAGAUAAAGCAAAAUGAUCAACAAUUGUUUUGUGUUUCACUUUUAAACUUAGGUUGCAGUCAAUGAUGGAAAGCUGUUGAGAUGGUGUAACUUUGACUCGUAUCACUCAACACUUCAGUCUGAGGCGAUAUCUUUUAGAUGUUUUAAGAUCCUUCAGCCUCAAAUAGGGCAAACGAAAAGCACUGGUGCCGUUACUUUGACAAUAACUGUUAAGUUAUGUAUUUCCUGAUGCAAGAUACUCGUAUUAAAGGUUCUAAAUGAAUACUGAAGGGGUUCAAAGGGAGCAGGUUUACUGAUGUGUUGAAUUCUGUCAGAUAGUAAAUUCUAUUUAAAGGGAAGUAUUUGGAUUUUAUGGGGUGAAUUUGUAAUCUGAUAAAACUGUUUUGCCCUGUUUUAUCCUGUGGUUAAAAACCACAUGACUACUCAGCGCCUAACCUAAGUUUUGGUAUAAUUAUAAUGUAUAACAUUAUAAGUUUUAACAUACAGUGUGCAAAAAUUCCUGCUUAAUAAACAUAAA